CUCAAAUGAAAGUAAAAAAAGGAAGGGAAAACAGAAAGAAGAGUCUAGAAAGGGAAAACAUGCUUCCUAUUUAAAGGCCAUGCUUAGAAAGAAGGUCACUGGAGGACCUGAGGUCCCAGACUGUUCAGCAGGCGCCCAGCUCAGCAGGCCAGCAGCGCCCUCGCUCGCCCAUGGCCCUCCUGCUCUCUCUCCUCUCGGCCCUGCUGCUGCUCAGCUGUGGCCCCGGGGGGUCUCUGGGCUGUCACCUGCCUCAGCACCACGUCCUGCUCAGCGGGGACAACUUAGUGCUUCUGAGCCAAAUGAGCACAAUGUCCCCUUUCUUGUGUCUCAAGGACAGAAAAGACUUCCGAUUCCCCAGGCAAACGGUGGAGGGCCGUGAGGUGCAGGGGGCCCAGGCCGCCACUGUCCUCCACGAGCUGCUCCAGCAGGUCUUCAACCUCUUGCUCACAGCGCCCCCCCCUGCCGCCUGGAACACGACCCUCCUGGGCCAGCUGGGCGCGGGGCUCCACCGGCAGCUGGGGGACCUGCACGCCUGCCUGGGGCAGGGGACGGCGGAGGAGGGCUCGGCCCUGGCGACGCGGGGCCCUGCGCUGGCCUUGAAGAGGUACUUCCAGGGCAUCCGGCUCUACCUCAAAGGGAAGGGACACAGCGACUGCGCCUGGGAAGUGGUCAGAGUGGAAGUCAUGAGGGCCUUCUCUUCAGCAAGGACCCUGCAGGAAAGGCUGAGCGACAAGGACCGAGACCUGCCUCCUCCUGGAAAUGAUCCUCGGUGACAAAAGGGCCAGGUCACCUUUGCACAUGAGUGUUGGG